ACUACAUCUUGUGUGUGAUUGUAGCCACUGGACGCCUGUGUAUUGGUCAAAAGCCCUGAGUUCUUCUUGGGCUCCCUCUCCCUUGACCAAAUUCCUGCUUCCUUGGUUCUAAUGCAGCAUGACAACCGCUUUCCUCUGGCUCUCUCAAGCAGGCUUCACAUGUAGAUGAGACUACAAAGCCUCAAGAUCUCAUCAUGUGGCGAGAUCGAACAAAUCUCUACAUCUCCUACCGCCAGUCCUAUGCACACCGUCCCGCGAAGAAAUCCCGCUACGCCGCAGCAUCCAAUGGCUUCGCCGAUCAGUCCUCUGAGGAGACCAGGGGGCUUAUGUCUGCUGGGGCCUACGACAAUGACGGAGAUGCCGUCAUAGAAAUGGACUUACUACCUCCCCGCUGGGUCGAUGUUCAGGAUGAAGUGGGCGACGUUCUCAAAGACAUCACACUCAAAGCCGCCAGACUCGAUAAACUUCACGCCAAACACGUCCUUCCAGGCUUCGACGAUGACUCGGUCAAGCAACAGGAAGAACGAGAGAUUGAGCAAAUCACACAGGAAAUCACGAGAGGAUUCCAGGAAUGUCAGAGAGCAAUCAAGCGCAUCGAAACCAUGGUCAAGGAUGCUCGACAAUCGGGGAAUCUGCAACAGGGGGAUGAGACCAUGGCCAAGAACAUCCAAGUCGCACUUGCCACGAGGGUGCAGGAGGUAAGCGCCACAUUCAGAAAGAAGCAGAGCACAUACUUGAAUAAACUACGAGCUUUGGGGGGAUUUGAGUCGCCAGUCGGUCGCUCGUCUACUCCAAUCCCGCAAAACCCAUACUCCGAUCCGGCUUUGAUGGAAUCAGAUGCCGACAAACGAUUCAGCCAGUCGACUUUACAACAAACAGCACAAAAGCGUCUACAUCGCAACGACGCGGCCAUCGCACAGCGCGAGCAGGAAAUUAAUGACAUUGCCAAAGGCAUCAUUGAAUUGGCCGACAUAUUCCGCGAUCUCCAAGGCAUGGUCAUAGACCAAGGGACAAUGCUUGAUCGAAUAGACUACAACGUUGAAAGGAUGGCAAUUGAUGUCAAAGGCGCCGAGAAGGAACUCAUCGUCGCCACAAAUUACCAGAAGCGAAACACAAAGAGGAAGAUACUGCUGUUAUUAUUACUGCUUGUCAUUGGCAUGUUUGUCUUACUUUUGAUCAAACCCAAGGGCAAAUCACAACCGCCUCCACCACCUCCAACAACACCUGAUCCCGCGCCGCCUUGAACGAAAUUAGGUUGGCCUUCAGCUUCUUUCCAAGCGCCAUUCUUGAUAUGCCGAAGCAGAUUUCUUCGCAUCAAGCCCGGCCACCGACCAGCCCUUCGACCCAAAGCUGUGCGCUACACGCGUCUUUUCUGGCGAGCUGUCGCCAAAGAGAACAACCUCUUCGCCCGGAUGGCGUGUGUUUACGAGCAAAGCCUUGUUUUCGCUUGUACACCUUCGAAUCUGAGGAUGGCGGUCAAUCAGACCACGUCGAAAGCAAUCCCAAAGGGAGGAGAGUUGGUCAUGAACUCCUCUUAACUGCAGGAGAUUCUUGAGCUUAUGGCAAGCUUUCUCCCAUCAAACCCAUAUGCCAUCUCAUUGCGAAGCCCAAGUGUGGCAUACUAGCAUACGCAACAAUGGACGAUGGACAUUAAAAAAUGGAUUGCCGUAGCCGGCGAACUCUUUGUAUUCCAGGUGAAAGAGGUACACCCUCCUUGGUGUACUGGUCGAACAAGGUCAAGAUUCAGGCCUUCUUGACAUUAAAGGUCUAGGUCUGCUCGAUUGAUUAGGAUAGGUCAAGUUAUGGAUCAGAACAGCGGCUACUGGCCCUCGCCAGCGUCAAUCAUCUUGAAUUCUCGAUGUCUGGGAAUUGAACGUCUGGCGUAUCAUUGGAGAAAAUCUCUCUAGGUAUCCAUCCCAUUUCAGUCGCUGCUCACCAUGCAUGCGCAUAGGUCGUAAAACACCGCUGUCAUGAUUAAUGUUAUAAUAUUACUCUCAAUGUAUGGCGAAG